CCGAGAAAGAGUUGGGAGCCUGAGGCACCCAAUUUCGAGUGGCCCCGACCGGAGUCGCUGCAACUGCCAUGUGAGUCACCCGGAACGGAGAAAUGUAUCUCCUUGAUAGCUUUGUAGGGUUAGGGCUGGAGGGGCACGAUCACGUGUAGAUACCGGAAUAUUGUUUUCUCCGGAAGGCGGGAUUCGAUACUUUCCAGGUCUUGGCGCUGAGUGGCCGAGUGUGCGAUGAAAUUCACUAGUCAAAGAAAGUGAGGUUGACGAGAUUGACCCCCUCCGGUAUACCCGCCUUCUUCGAACCCCUCCUUCCUACGCCGAUCCACCUCGAAUUUCCUCUCCUUCGGUUCGAAUACUCCUGUCGCACCCUCCCAAAAUGCGGCCUAUUCUGUUGUCAGGCCAUGAACGGUCCCUGACCCAAAUCAAGUUCAACAAGGAUGGCGACCUCCUCUUCUCGACUUCCAAGGAUAAGGUUGUGUGCGCGUGGUGGUCCGCCAACGGCGAGCGACUGGGAACAUACUCUGGUCACCAGGGUGCUGUCUGGACUGUCGACGUUAGCCCCAACACCGUCCUCCUCGCUACCGGUUCCGCAGACAACACCGUUCGGCUAUGGAACAUCAAGACUGGAGAGUGUGUGAAGACCUGGGAUUUCCCGACGGCCGUUAAGCGGGUGGCCUUUUCGCCCGACGGAUCGAAGCUGUUGGCUGUGACGGAGAAGCGUAUGGGUUUCCUCGGUACAAUCGCGGUUUUCGAUAUUGCCUACGGUGACGGCGAGCUCAACAACUUGAACGAUCAGGCUGAGGAGCCUAGCUUGCGCAUCACUUGCAACGAGAGCAAGGCUACCGUGGCGGGGUGGAGUUAUCUGAGCAAGUACAUCAUCGCUGGACACGAGGAUGGCAGCGUCAGCCAAUACGACCCCAAGACUGGUGACCAGCUUGAGAACGUCCAAGCCCACGAGUUCGACCACCAGAUCAACGAUCUCCAAUUCUCUCCCGACCGCACCUACUUCAUCACCGCCUCUAAAGACAAGUCUGCCAAGCUCAUGGCUGCCAGCAACCUCGCUAUCCUCAAGACCUACGUCGCCGAUACCCCCCUCAACUCUGCUUCCAUUACCCCUAAGAAGGACUACGUUAUCCUCGGUGGUGGUCAGGCCGCUAUGGAUGUCACAACCACCUCUGCCCGUCAGGGUAAGUUCGAGGCCCGCUUCUAUCACAAGGUCUUCGAAGACGAGAUCGGCCGUGUCCGUGGCCACUUCGGUCCCCUCAACACCAUCGACGUGCACCCCGCCGGUACCGCAUAUGCCUCCGGUGGUGAGGACGGUUACGUCCGUAUUCACCACUUCGACAAGCCCUACUUCGAUUUCAUGUACGAGGUUGAGCGGGAGCAGCUGCGGAAGUAAGCGAAAGAUUGGCUGGAGAGAUGAAAGGAAAUAUAAAUUCGGAGAGGAAAAAAGGAAAAACAUGAUUGAACAUCUCCUCAAUCAUUGCGCUGUCUGUCUGAAUGUGUUUUUACGAUGCGAACAAGAGACUCGGGGGCAGCUUUUUCUGUGCUUUGCUCCCCCGAGUCCGGCAUACGGAAUGAGAUGAUGACCCCUCCUCAAGGCACGGUUUCUCAUUUCAUUACUUGAUUACAUGAUCAACCGGAGUUGGUACCCCCCUUUGUUAUUGAUUUGGUUUCUAAUAAAAGAUGGCAUGCUUCACAUUCUGGGUUUUCUCGGGGUAGCUUUCGUUCCUCCUCUGCUGGCGUGGCCAGCUGGGGGAAAUGCAUAUCGCGAAAUAGACAAUAUGAAGUUUUGCAAAACGUUCAAUCUGGA